CAAACACGGUGGUAAAUAAGUUUUCCUCGAGUGAUCGUUAUACUGCAGCCCUUUGGCGGCAUUUCGGAUGUUACGGUUUUGGCGUUGGUUGGUUGGUUGAGAUUUAAGCCUAACAUUUUCCCCCUAGUUUAUCUUGGCUGAGGUCUGAACCGCUAAGCUACUGUGAUGAAGCUCAGGGUCGACGAGGGUAGGACUGCCGGAGACUGAGCGAUCGUAAGGUUGUGGCCACGCUACCAUUGUAAAUGGAGGAUUCUAACGAGGGAAACUUUAGUAACCCCCAGAGCAAUUUUCAUCACGUUGAUGAUAGACAGAAUGAAGAUAUGAAGAGACCAGAGAUUGCUGCGAAGAUCCAGCCAUCUGGUCAGAAGCGUCCAUUGGAAGAAGCAGAAGGUGGCAUGGAUCGCCCGCAAGGUCCUGAUGCCAAGCGACCCCCAGGUGGUGGUGAUGGUGGUGGAGGCGGCGGAGGAGGUGGUGGAGGUGUCUUCAUGAGCGGUCCAUUAAUGGGUGGUCCAGGCAGUGCUCCCGGUGGCGGUGCUCCAGGCGGUGGUCCUCCACAUCGUGGCUUGGGGUCGGUCGAAUCUGAUGAGAUCCAGGUCCCGGACAAGAUGGUCGGCUUGAGAGGACCAGGUGGUGGCGGUGCGAUGGAAUCUGAAGAUAUCAAGGUGCCAGACAAGCUGGUCGGCGUCAUCAUUGGUCGUGGUGGUGAGCAGAUUUCUAGACUGCAGCGUGAAUCGGGUGCAAAGAUCCAGAUGGCUCAAGACAGUGGCGGUUUACCAGAGCGUGUUUGUACAAUUUCGGGCCCUAGGGAUGCCAUUAAUCGUGCAAAAGAUAUGAUAUUUGACAUAGUUCAGCGUGGUGAUACACCAGCUGAACGGCGUGGACGUGGAGGAAUGGGAGGGCCUGGUGGUGGUCCAGGUGGUCCGCCUGGGGGUGGUGGUCCUAUGGGCCCUCCUGGCAUGGAAAUGGGAGGAAAUGCUGCUACUGUGGAAAUAAGCAUACCGGGUCCAAAAGUUGGACUUAUAAUAGGCAAAGGUGGUGAGACAAUUAAACAACUUCAAGAAAAGAGUGGGGCAAAGAUGGUCAUCAUACAGGAUGGCCCUCAGCAGGAAAAUGAAAAGCCCCUUAGAAUUAGUGGUGAUCAUCAGAAGGUUGAAAUGGCCAAGCAACUUGUAUACGAUUUAAUUGCUGAAAAAGAGACUCAAGCUGCGCAGUUUGGUGGAAGAGGUCGAGGUAGAGGUGGUUUUGGUGACAGAAGGGGCGAAGGCAGAGGUGAUAGAGAUCGACGAGAUAGAGAUCGUGAUAGGGAUGAAUAUGGUGGUGGCGAUGAGAGGGAACGAUUUGGUGGCGGGCGAGGUGGUCGAGGUGGCUUCAACAAUGACUGGGGUGGUCGAGGUGGUCAUGGUGGGCCAGGAGGACCUAUGGGUCGUGGGGGUUUUGGUGGUCCAGGUGGCCCUGGAGGACCUGGUGGGCCUGGUGGGCCAGGGAUGGGUGGACCUGGUGGACCAGGUGGACCUAUGGGUCGCGGUGGGCCAAUGGGAGGCCCCAUGGGAGGUCAAGGUGGUGGUGGUGGACGUGGUGGACCAAAUGACAAAUUAGAAGCUAUAUUUAAUGUUCCUGCAAAUAAAUGUGGUUUAGUAAUAGGAAAAGGUGGUGAGACUAUCCGAACAAUUAACCAGCAGACUGGUGCACACUGUGAGUUGGAUAGACGACCGCCCCAGAACAUUAAUGAGAAGACAUUCAUAAUUCGUGGAUCUCAUGAGCAAAUAGAAAAUGCAAAGAAAAUGAUAGCAGAAAAAGCAGGCAUGGGUCCUGGUGGUCCUGGUCAAAAUGGUAAUACAAAUCUGGCACCACAGGGUUGGGGCAAUGCGUAUCAACAGUGGAAUCAAGGCCAUCCCAAUGAUCCCACCAAACAAGCAGCAGAUGCUAAUGCAGCAGCGUGGGCAGCAUAUUUUUCACAAUACUACCCUGGGCAAAAUCAACAAAAUAGCAAUGCACCUCCUAAUAGUCAACCACAACCCAAUGCCAAUCAACCUCCAUCUGGUCCUGGAGCUGGUGGCCAAGCAGACUACUCGGCACAGUGGGCAGACUACUACAGAAGCAUGGGAAUGCACAGGGAAGCAGAAGCAAUAGAGCAUCAGGCCAAGAGUAUGAAAGUUGGUGGCCCAGGUGGUCCUACCCCUAAUGCUGCACCUCAACAGGGUGGAGGUGCUCAGCCAGCAGCUCCUGGAGGUGGCGUAGGUGGUGGUGCGCCGGGUGCACAGGACUACUCGCAACAAUGGAUAGAGUACUACAGGGCACAGGGCAUGCACGCAGAAGCUGAUAAAAUUGAGGCACAAGUCAAAGCUUCCAAGGGAGGAGUGGGUGGGGCCCCAGCUGUCCCCAAUGCCCCCCACCAACUGGGAGGAGCCCCAGGAGGUCCUGCGUCUGCAGCGGCGGCAGUGGCAGCAGCGGCGGUGAACGGCCAAGGCCCAGGGCAGCAGUCAAGUGGUGGGAUGACUGACUACUCUCAACAAUGGAUUGAGUACUACCGGUCACAGGGUAUGCACGCUGAAGCUGAUAAAAUUGAGCAGCAAUUAAAAGCUGCUAAGGGUGGUGCAGGCGGUCCUCCAGGUGGUGGCCCAACGGUGACCCCAAUGUAUAAUCCAACAUACAACCAGGGAUACUAGGAAUCGUUAGAUAUAGUUCAAUCCGGAGGAACUUUAUGAGCAGACCAAUUGUUGUUGCCUUGAAGACUUCAGUUGUGGGUUGUUACGGACUCAAUGUAUCUCACAUGUUACGAUACUUAAUUCGUGAUGUCAUGAUGUACCCCCCGAUAUGAGAUGAUAUUCAUAAGGAUCGGUGUGUGUGAAGCUGCAACAUUUAAAAACAUCAAGAUGUAAAAUGAUUUUCUUGUCAAUUUAGGGGUAUCGGGCAGUGAUAAACCUUCACUGGAUUGGACUAGAAAGAAAACUUUUAGAUUAGGGUGACUGGACUGAAGAGAUGCAAUCGUCCUACAUUAGAAGAGAUGGGUUUCUAUUGUGUCCGAUUAAGGGAAGGGUUUAUUGCGGCACGAAACGCUUUCAAGUUGCUAAUACCUGCUAUUGUAUUGAAGGGCUCUUCUUGCUAACUCAAUAUUUUUUGUUGAUCAAAUUCUGUAUAUAAUAUGCCACUUGGUUUAAUCUUUCUAUAAUAGUUAUGCCUAUUGUAAAGAAAAAAAGAAGUAUAUCUUGUACAAGGUAAUCGUAGGUUUUAUUGCUGUGGUUAGGGAGAAAAUCUCAAAACAGUUUUGACUGGGGUAGCUAGGGUGGGCUUCGCUGACCUCUCAGAAUGUGCAUUCUUACUCUUUCCGUAUCUUAUUUUUAAGCCAUGGAAAAGAUUUCUAUACUCCAUUGAGGAAAAUUACCCCAUGUGUUUCUUUUGGUUUUUCGUUUUUAUUUUUGUAUUGUCGGCGAUAUUCGGAAUUUUCGUGUGAUUUCCUAACAUCCUUUUACAGGUGGUUAUUACCAUUGAUAUGCCUAUUGUUGUCAUUAUUAUGAUUAUUAUUAGUAUUAUAUUAUUUUCCUUUGCCAAAGAAAUUUAUAUACCGUAUUUGCCCAUUGCUUUAUUUGGGGGCUAUAUUUAUGAAUGUCUUGUUAUAUUUGUGGCCUAUAUUAGUGUCAUUACAGGCUAUUCAGUGAUAAGGAGGAAGAAGAUACACAAUCACCACGCGACAAACAGGUAAAUGUAGUCGAUAAUUUAGAUUAUACCCAUACAUAAUCUUACAUGUAUAACCAUAUAUAGUUAAUGGUAUAUGUACAUAUGUCCAUAUAUGUAUCCUCGUGGAUUUAUUGCGUAUCGUAGUUAUAUCAAUUAUUAUUAUGAUUAUUAUUAUGCUACCAUUGUCCUUGCUUAGUGCAAGGAAAUUAUUAAUUACAGUUUUCUCCUUGCAUUAUAAUUUCUGUUUAAUGGAGAUGCCUUUUUUUUAAAUUUUUUUUUCUUUAUUUUUUUUUUUUAGCAAUUCUUAUGAGUGACGCUAUUCUCCAUACAUAGUUUUAUUAAUAUAACUGAAUGAAUGGUGCUUCCUGGUGUGUUAUUUAUAAUCAUAUGGUUAUUUCUUUUAUGUGAUGUUCCGAGAUGAGUUUAGUUAACACGUGGUUUUAAAAUACAUGAUUGUGGGUUUUUUUUUUUUUUCAUUAUGAUAUAUUCUGAGUAAUAGUACAUUAUUUACACUGUGGACUUGUAAGGCAGAGACUUACAUUCUUGAUUGUCAGUGGUGUUGAGAGGUUCAGCUCAUUCCAAGCCAAAUGGGGGAGGGAUAUAUGGGUUGGGUGGGUGGGUAGGACAGAAUAUUAAUUAUUGCACGUAAUUAUCAUUAUCUUAAUACUGUUUGUUUAGGUAAGGCCAGGCUACUUCUAGUAUAUUAGUUCCUGUCGCACUCUCUCUCUCUCCCUUUCUCCUUUCUUGGUCUCGCACUUGUUCUCCAUAUAUUUUUGUCAGGAAGGUGUAUCAUAAAUCUUAAGGUAUUUCAUUUUUCAGUGAUGGAAAGCAUAAAUUAGAAAUGAAUUUUUGUUUUUCAUCUGGUACAAUUUUCUUGAAUUUAUUUUAAAAAGGAAAUAUACAUGAAGGUUUUCCCCCCCUUUUUAUUCUAUUUGGAGGUCCACAACUUUGCUCAAUUUUGCUGCACUGGCCGAGUGUAAUUUAUUGAGAAAUUGACCAAUAAAAACCUUCUACACUCCAAAACUGUGUCCUUUUAAUGCCCUAGCACUCCACUGUAUUCUUUUGACCAAUAAAAGUGUGUUACAGUUA